AUGGGGUCAACACAAUUCGGCAACUUCUUUAACUUCUGCCGAGACUCGACGCUACCGGUCUGCAAUGUGCUCUCCGACAGCCACAGUCAAUCAGGGCCAUGGGGAGGCUGUGAGUUGACGGGAAUCUCCCUUAGCGGAGGUCGCAAGCUGGGAAAUCUUGGCUCCAUCCUCAUUGCUGCCUUUGCUAUCAUCGCAUCCAUCUACCUCUUGCUGCGGUCAGAGCGCAAGAAGGCUGCAGUAGGUCGAAGGGAGAUGCAACUGUUCCUUGUCAGCUUCAUCAUUAUCGAAAUAUGCGAAAUCUUUACUGUCGGAGACUUCCCGCUGGCAGAAAACGUUCGCAUUGCCUUCACUGGAAUCCACAUCGGCAUGAUUAUUGCGUCCACAUGGAUUCUGAUGCUCAAUGCCAUCGUGGGGUACCAGAUUGUCGAUGACGGAACACCGCUGUCCAUGGGCUUGAUCAUUGCCUCUGCAGCCAUUCUCCUAGGUGGCACGCUCUACAUUACCCUCGACACCGGUUUCCAAUGGACCAACUACUGGAACUCGUCGUACCAGCCGCCAAACCGCCACAUCGCUCUUUAUGUCUUGUAUCAGCUGGCGCCCUUGAUCUUCCUCGUCGCCUUCUUCGUCCUCGAGGCCAUCCUGGUCAUCCGUGUGCUGGGUGAAAUGCGACCGAUGCUCUAUCUCACCGCUGCUCUGCUCCUCUUUGCCAUUGGACAAAUCUUUAACUACGUUGUGAGCUCUCACAUCUGCAACGGAACCAACGGCGCAGUCGACGGCGCCCUCUUCGAGACUUUUUUUACACUACUCGCGGUUGUCGCUGUAUGGGUGUUUUGGUCAAGCAUCACCGAGGACGAUUGGCCCAUGCCUGUCGGAAACAACUUCCCCUAG